GUAAACAAAGCCAACAUCGCCUUCAUGAGGAAACUGGUACGAAAUGGUCCCGAAGUCCAUCCCGGCGCCAACUUCAUCCAGCAGAGGCAUACACAAAUGAAACGGUUUUUGAAAUACGGAAAUCGGGAGAGGAUGGCACAGGAACUGAAGUAUGGAGACAUUGUAGAGAGGCACCUGAUCGAUGGAGACAUAGUCUUGUUUAACCGCCAGCCCUCUUUGCACAAGCUCAGCAUCAUGGCUCAUAUAGCUAAAGUAAAACCACACCGGACUUUCCGGUUCAAUGAAUGCGUUUGCACACCAUACAACGCAGAUUUUGAUGGCGAUGAGAUGAAUCUUCAUCUUCCUCAAACAGAAGAAGCCAAAGCCGAAGCAUUGGUCCUGAUGGGGGUAAGCAAACCUCUUGUUCUCACCAGCCUUGCAAACAGACCCACAGGCCGCUGCCGAAUUCAUGUG